AUGGUAACUUCUUGGAUCCUGAAUUCAUUGUCUCCUGAUCUACGUGACAGUCUGCAGUAUGUAAACAAUGCUUAUGAACUUUGGGCAGAGUUGGAAGAAAGGUACGAUCAAACCAAUGGGUGCAAACUAUAUCAGCUACAGAAAGAGAUCAAUGACCUUGUCCAAGGUCCUCUAGACAUUACUGGCUAUUAUACAAGAAUGAAGAAGUUGUGGAAAGAAAUGAGCACUAUAGAUGUCAAUUCUCAGUGUACGUGUGUGUGCACUUGUGGUGGUAAGACCAAGUUGCACAAAGCUGAACAAGACAAGAGACUCAUACACUUCUUAAUGAGUUUAAAUGAGAUGUAUACAUCCAUCAGAGGCAAUAUCCUUAUGAUGAGUACACUUCCAAGUAUGGCACAGAGUUUUGCCAUCUUAUCCCAAGAGGAGAAGCAAAGGGAAGUAAAGCCUAACAAUCAUACAGUUCUUGACUCUACCUCACUAAAUGCCUAUGGCCAGUCUAGCAAUAGUGCAGUACUCAAAGAUCUUAAUACUAACUACAGUUCCACUAGGGGAGGUGGAAACAACUCUGGAAACUUCAAUAAUAACAAUGUGUUUAGGGCAGUUCUAGCACUACCAGGUCCUCUUUGUUUUGUGAUUACUGCAAGAGAUCAGGACACACAAAUGACAGGUGUUACAAACUUCAUGGCUACCCACCCAACUCACGGUUUCCAAAAGGGAAGAGAUCAGGUUCAGCAGAAAAUGUGUGUGCUUUUGAGAUGA